AUGACCCAAUCGGAUAAGGAAAAGCUUCAACAGAUUUCUAUGUCUACCAUGGAUUGCUCAGAUGAAGGAAACACAUUCAAAGCAGCUGCAGCAACAGUAGAGACGUACAAUCAAGUCAGGAACUUUUAUAAAAAAAUUAUUAUUGACCCAGCCUACUCAACUGCUGAACACAAUAUUUUAGUGUACCGUUUUAAAGAUAAUACCGGCGCAAUCCACGAGGGUCACAACGAUGACGGCGAGUAUGGUGCAGGGAGGCGGCUCGUCAAAGUUCUCCGAUCACUAAAUGUUACAAACAAGGCAUGCGUUAUCUCCAGGUUUUACGGUAAACACCUAGGCUUCCGCAGGUUUCAAAUUAUUGAAAACUUGACUGCAGACAUUGUUCUUGCACAUAGUGGCUAA